AUGUCGAGUGGUGGAUGCAAUAGGGGACCCGUGAAGGUUGUGAUCAUCAACACCCAAUACGUUGAAACCGAUGCUACUAGCUUCAAAUCCGUGGUGCAGAAACUUACGGGUAAAGAUUCUGAAAUUUUAGAAGCAGUGAGUGAGAAUGGCCAAAAGAAGAGACAUGAUAAGCAUAACGUUGAAGUGCCUUCUGCUGGUGAUUUUGGUAGGUCGUUUUUGAUGAGAGAUGUGUCGUUUAAGGAGUUGGAUAGGUUGCUCAGCGAGAUGCCAACGAUAAACAACCUUUGGGCUGAUUAA